AGGAGCAGUAGAGGGAACACUGUUGCUGGGCUACUGGUUGUUUUGUUGUGACUCUCCCAGGACACAGGCUGGCGGCCGUGAGUCAGACACAGAAGUUCCCGGGAGGCUACAGUGGCUCUUGGAUUUCGGGGAGGAUCACAUAACAGGAGGGACAGAUGGCCAGUAGAAGUGCCGGCUCCCUGAUCACUCACAAUAAUGUCACCUACAUCCCACCUGCCCUCAUGCCUGGGUAUCGGGGUCACAUCCCCAGCGCUUCUUUCACCUAUGGGGAUACAUAUGGCAACACCAGCGCCCGGUGCUUUCAGGAUUUCCGUUCUACAGUCCUGAACUCCAGCCGCAGCCCGUACUGCCAGGGGGGCCAGUUUCCCACAAGCCACUCCAAUGACCCGGCUCUGGUGAUUGGCCACAGGUCUCGGGGGUGGGACCGCUUCUUGCACUCGCCCAGCUGGUCAAGGUAUAACGUGGACUUUAAGAGGAGCGAUGAGCUGAAGCAGUUUCACAGGGCAGCGGAGCAGCACCGGGAUCAUUAUAGAGACAAAUCGGGCACCGCACAUCAGGUUCCGCACUUUAUUGUCCCGGUGAAGAACCCACAGACCUUCCCUCUGCCCCAACAACCUGUGACUGUGCCAGGAAUCUCCCAGCGGUAGCCAUAGCCUGAGAUUGGGGCUGAGAUUGGUGCCGGGAGUAGAAGACAAAUCAGGGGGAUUUGGUAUGAGCAGAGCCCGGGGGCACAUCCCUGUCCAUAUCUGAGGCGCAUUCACCCCCAAAAUCCUGAUCUGCCAGUGAAUACAGCGUGGCCCCCAGGAACAUCACUGUGGCCCCCAGGAACAUCACUGUGGCCCCCCAGUGCCCAUAUAGAAUAACCUGUAGACGUCUCCUCUCCAACCAAAAUAAACCAAAUCUGCUCAA